AUGCAGUCAUGUUUUAUUUUAAUAUAUGCGUAUAAUAAUUUUAAUCUAGGAGUAUUAAUUGACUUCAUUUCCAUCCCGGUGACCGUUGGUUUUACAUCAGCUACGUCUGUUAUCAUAGCAGUAUCUCAAUUAAAGGGUCUUCUUGGCUUGAAGUUUGAAUCAUCAAGCUUUUUAGAUUGUCUGCUGAAAGUGUACCAGAAUAUUGGUAAUUACCGCGCCAAUGAUACAAUUCUAGGAGUUACUUCUAUCAUCAUACUACUCAUGCUUCGAAAAGUGAAAGAUAUUCAAUUAUUAGGACCUAAUGGUAAACCGUCCAACAAACAAAGAACAAUUAUGAAAGGGCUGUGGCUGCUCUCCAUAUCAAGAAAUGCUUUAAUUGUGGUUGCUUGUUCAAUAAUUUCAUAUUGGUGUUAUAAACCAGAUUCAGAACCUUACGUGACUUUAAUCGGAAAAGUAAGAUCUGGAUUGCCACCGUUAAAACUUCCACCGUUUGGAACGGAAGUAAAUGGUACAGCGGUUAGCUUCAUUAAUAUGUGCUGGGAUCUCGGAUCUUCCAUUGUAUUAGUGCCGGUGAUUGCUGUUCUUGGAAACGUCGCCAUCGCCAAAGCAUUCGCUAGUGGAAACUCGGUUGACGCUACACAAGAACUCUAUUGUUUGGGCGUUUGCAAUUUGCUGGGUUCGUUCGUUUCUUCGAUGCCGGUCACUGGAUCGUUUUCAAGAAGUGCAGUGAAUCACGCUAGUGGCGUGCGAACUCCUAUGGGUGGAAUGUACACUGGUAUACUCAUUAUUUUGUCGUUGAGUUUAUUGACGCCGUACUUUUUUUUCAUACCCAAAGCAGCCCUAGCAGCAGUCAUCAUCAGUGCUGUUAUUUUCAUGAUCGAAUACGAGAUCGUUAAACCCAUGUGGAAAUCAAGUCGAAAAGACUUGAUACCUACGUUUGCAACAUUUGUUUUAUGCCUGGGCAUUGGUGUCGAACUUGGAAUAUUAGUAGGUGUUGGCAUAAAUAUCAUGCUUCUACUUAUACCUUCGGCUAGACCAUUUUUACACAUUGAAAUGAAAAAGUUAAGAACCGGCCUGGAUUAUUUACUUGUGACUCCAGAGAACAGUCUUUACUUUCCAGCUGUAGACUUUAUGCGAGCCAAAACGGAUCGAGCCGCUGUUAAAAUGGGACAGUCUAAACUUCCUGUUGUGGUUGAUUGUAAACAUAUACUUGAUGCAGAUUUUACAGCUGCUAAAGGUAUUGCUGGAUUGAUAAUGGACUUCAAAAGGCGAAAACAGCCAUUAUGUUUUUAUAAUCCAAGAAUAAGUGUAUUAGCUGUAUUACAGGGCGUGUGCGUGGAUGAAAUUGUUCACUGUUUCACGUAUGACGAACUGGAACAAACUCUCAAUGAUAUCAACUCUUCUGGAAAUCCUGCCGAAUUAAAAGACAUAGUACAUACAUCAUCCGAGCAGUCACACGAAACCCCGCUUUUAAACAGAAGACACCAUUAG